AUGUACGAAUUAAAUAAUAAAAAUGAUGAUAACGAUAAAAAUAUAAAUUCAUUUGUAAAUAAGGAUGAUAUAAAGUAUAAGAAUUAUAUAGAUGAUGAAGAUAUAAAACAAAAUAUAAAAAGAGAAAAAGAAAAAAAAGAUCACCACGAUAUUUUUAAAAUUAAUGAUAUAAAACAUUUAGAUCAUGUAAAUAAUACAACUAAUGAGGAUACAAAAAAUAUAAUAGAAUAUUCAAUAUGUAAUCAAAACGAGACGCAUAACGAACAAAAUAAUAAUAAUAAUAAUAAUAAUAAUGAGGAUGAGGAUGAUAAUAUUUAUACAUUAGUUUCCUCAUCAAACGAAGGAGGUUCCAAAAAUAUUCAGAUGUCUAGAAAUAAGAUAUAUGAGAAUUCUCUAGAUCAAAUAAAUAAUUCUGAGCUCAUUAAAGAAAAUAAUGUAAACGAAUAUAGUGCUGAUUAUCCUUUUAAUGAACAUAAUAAUAUGAACGAGGGUCAUUCUAAAAAUUAUAAAAAUGAAACAUCCUUUGAUAAGGAUAAUAAUACAAAUGAAAAUAUAUUACAGAUAAAACAUGAUAAUAAAAAUGAUUAUGUAAAUAAUCUUGAAGAAUAUAAUUUACAAGACAAUGAUAAUAUAAAAAAUGAAGAAAAUAUAUAUAUACAUAAUAAUGAUAAUCAAAAUUAUGAUAUUCAUAAUUAUCAUAUGAAUAAUAAAAAGAAACAUAAUAAAGUUAAUAAUUUCAGUGAGAAAGAAAAAAUUCUUGAACUUCAUAAAAAUGAUAAAGUUACAAAUAUAAUUAUUUACAAACGCAUGUAUCAAUCCUUCAUCCUUUUAAAAAAAGAAUAUAGAGAUUUAAUUGAUGAACAUAAAAAAAAAAUAAAUAUCAACAAAAAAUUAAAUUAUGAAUUUAAUAGUUUAAAAAAUAAUAGUUAUUAUUCAAACUUUUUUUUUAAAAACGAUUCAGAUAAUCUAUUUGAUGAUUUGGCACUAGGAAUAAGCAAUAUAUUCAAAUGGAUGGAUAUAGAUAAUAAAAUUAUUCAAACAAAUUUUAAUAAAGACAAAAAAGAAAAGAAAACUGGUAAGGAUGAUGAUGAUAAUAAUAAUAAUGAUUGUUUGGAUGAUAAUAAUAAUAAUGAUUGUGUUGAUGAUAAUAAUAAUAAUGAUUGUGUUGAUGAUAAUAAUAAUGAUUGUGUUGAUCAUAAUAAUAAUAAUCCUGUUGAUGAUAAUAAUAAUAAUCCUGUUGAUGAUAAUGAUAAUAAUAAUAAUAAGUGUGUUGAUGAGGAUAAUAAAAAUUGUGAUAAUUUAAAAAAUAGUCCCUUUCAUAAGAAUUCCAUUAUUAAUGAACAAACGACACAUGAUAUACAUUCAAUCGAAAAUCAUGAUGAUACUUCAAAUGUAGAAAUAGAAGAAAAAAAAGGAAAACUACAUUUUAAUCCUUCUCAAAAUGGUGUGGAUACUAUUAUUAGCAUGACUGAUAAUCAUGAUAAUAUAAGUGAUGAUGAAAAUAAAGAAGAGCUUAAUAAGAAAAAAAAUGAAUUAAAUAUUUUAAAUGAAAAUAAUAAAGGAGAAAUAUAUUCAAAGGAUAAAUCCAUAGAUGAUGAGCUUAUAAGCAAUACAUUAUUAAAUAAAGACAAUUGUGAAAUAAUAAGUAAUAGUAAUAAUAAUAAAAAUGAUAAUAUUAAAAAUAAUAAUAUUAAAAAUAAUAACAAUAAUAAUUAUAACAUACAAUAUAAGGAAGAUAAAAACAAUGAUCAAGAGGUAAAUAAUAAAACAACAAUAAUUAUUAAACAAACAAAAGAAGAUAUACUCAAUAACUUAACACAUACAUCAAAUAAAAUUCAAAAGUCCUCACAAAAUUAUCCAUUUGAUAAAAAAGAAAAUAUAUUAUUCAAAAAUAAUAAAGGAAUAAAAGAAAAAGAAAUUAUAAAUGAUAAAAUCAAAAAAGGAUGUAUCCUUCAAAAUAUCAAAAUAAAAGAAGGAAUAAUUCAUAAUAAAAAUAAUACAUUUUAUGAUUAUAGAACAAAACGAAAUUCGUAUCUAUGGCAAAGAGAUAAUGUAAUUAGAAAAAAAAAUGUCAAAUAUUAUAACUCUCCUAAUAAAUUAGAAUAUAAAACAAAAUGUAAUUAUAAUCAUAAAAAAGGUUAUCAACCAUUGAAAUUAAAUAAAAAUUCCUUAAAAGAAAAUAUUAUUGAUUAUAUUAAAAAAAGAUUACAUAAUAGAAAUAAAUACGAGAAUAAUAUAAAUCAUAUAAAGAAAAACAACCAAAAUGAAAAUAAUCUAAUACCUCAUAGCUUAAACAAAAUUAAUCAAAACAUAAAUAUACCUAAUCAAAAUAUUAAAUCAGAUACACAAAAUAUAAAUACAAUUUCAGAUAAUAUAGAAGACAAUACAUUCCUAUUAAAUUGGGAUAUUUACAAAAAAACAAAUAAUCAAUAUAAUCAAUUCACAAAAUCAAUUUUCCAUAUUUGUAGUUAUAAAGAAAAUGAAUAUAUUCCAAUAAAUGUAAAUAAUUUCUUCUUGAACAAUAAGAAAAUAAAUACAACUGCCGAUUUAAGCUUGAAAUGUUUGAAAAAAAAUAUGGAAUUUAUAUUAAGGAAAAAACAAAACAAAGUAAUAAGUAAUAUUAACAAAAAUGUAAAUGAUAAAAAUAAUCUAAUUCUUAAUCAUAUCAAAAAUGUGCAUGAACCUGUCACAUUAAAAAACACAUCAUCUAUAAUUCUGAAAAAGAAAAGGUGUCAAAAAAAGUCCUCUUCUUUAUUUAAUAAAUAUAAUACUCAUAUGAUAAAUAAGAAAUUGAAGUACUGUGUAAAAUACAGCCAUAAUGAUAUUUCCAAAUGUGUUAUCAAACAAAAACACUGGAGAAAUGUUAUAUAUAAAACAAACAAGGAAAAAAAGGAAAUAUUUUAUUUUCUUCUUAAAAAAAUAAUAAUUUAUUUUGAGAAGAAAAAAAAAAAAGGAAACAUACUAAAAACAUAUAAACUAAAAUUAGUUCAAAAUAACGAAAAUUAUAUUUAUAUAUAUUUAUUUCAAAUUAGAAAAUAUCAAAAAAUGGCUAGCGAUAUUUUUCUUUUAACUGAAAAAAGUUCCUUGCCUGUUCAGAAAAAAUAUUCCAUGUUCAGGAAAAAUCAAAAAAAAAAAAAAAAAUAUGAACAAACCAGCAAACAUGAUGAAUCUGAAUGUGAAGAAAAAUAUGAAGCCGAUGGAAAUAAAUUGAAAAGAAAUGUAUUUCAAUUAUAUAUGAAUGAGCAUAAGAAAUAUAGUGUUUCAAUUGAGAAAAAUGAUAUAAUGGAACAAAAUAAAAACAUGGAUAAUAUCAACAACAACAAUGAAAAUAAUAAUAAUAAUAAUAAUAAUAAUGAUGAUGAUGAUAGUAAUAUUCACACACCGAAUGUAGUAAAUGAUACACUAAUAGAUAAAAAUGUCAAAUGCAUGGAUACAAUAGAAAAUAAUAAAUUACAAACAAAAGAUUUAACAACCCAAUUUGAAGAUAUGCUUAAACAACAUAUAGUGACUCUGAACCUUUUAGAUAAGAAAAUUGAUAUUAUAAAAAAGGAUCCACCAGAAGAAAAAAAUAAUCAUAAUAAUGUUGAUGAUAAUAAUAAUUCUGAUGAUAAUGAAGAUGCUGUUAUUAUAAUAGGAAUGAAGAUAAUUUUAAAUGAUAAAUAUCUAUUAAUUUUGGUUGAUGCCUUAAACAGUAUAGAAUAUAAUGUAAAGAAAUGGUUGGAUUUACAUGAAGAAAUAUUAAUGUCUCAUAUUAAAGAGAAUUUAAAUAUUUCUAAUUUUUUUAAAUAUUAUAAUAUAAAUUUAUAUACUUUUUUUGUUAAUUUUUUGAAUAAUGUAGAAAAUUAUAUUGAAGAAUUCCCUUUUUAUUUUUCAAUAUUAUUUGAAGACAUGUUUCCUUUUUCACUUUCAUAA